CAGUUAAAUGCUAUUUGGAGUAAUAACAAUUUCUUUAUUUUUCAUAGCCAUUUUAUGGAAAAAAAAGUGAAGAAAUGGAAACUGCAAAUUACACCAGGGUGACAGAAUUUGUUCUCACUGGCCUAUCCCAGGCUCGGGAGGUGCAACUAGUCCUAUUUGUUAUAUUUCUGUCCUUCUACUUGUUCAUUCUUCCAGUAAAUAUUCUUAUUAUUUGCACCAUCAGGCUUGACCCACAUCUGACUUCACCCAUGUAUUUUCUGUUGGCUAAUCUGGCUUUCCUUGACAUUUGGUACUCUUCUAUCACAGCCCCUAAAAUGCUUGUAGACUUCUUUGUGGAAAGGAAGGUCAUUUCCUUUGGUGGGUGCAUUGCUCAGCUCUUCUUCUUGCACUUUGUUGGGGCCUCAGAGAUGUUCCUGCUCACGGUGAUGGCCUUUGACCGCUAUGCUGCUAUCUGCCGCCCCCUCCACUAUGCUACCAUCAUGAAUCGACGUCUCUGCUGUAUUCUGGUGGCUUUCUCCUGGAUGGGGGGCUUCAUUCACUCCACAAUACAGGUGGCUCUCAUUGUUCGACUUCCCUUCUGUGGGCCUAAUGAGUUAGACAGUUACUUCUGUGACAUCACACAGGUUGUCCGGAUUGCCUGUGCCAACACCUUCCCCGAGGAGUUAGUGAUGAUCUUCAGCAGUGGUCUGAUCUCCGUGGUGUGUUUCAUUGCUCUUCUCCUGUCCUAUGCCUUCCUCCUGGUGAUGCUCAGGAAACACUCAGGUUCAGGUGAGGGUACCAGUCGGGCCAUGUCCACAUGCUACUCCCACAUCACCAUUGUGGUGCUGAUGUUUGGGCCAUCCGUCUACAUUUAUGCUCGCCCAUUUGACUCUUUUUCCCCAGAUAAAGUGGUGUCUGUGUUCCAUACAGUGAUAUUCCCUUUGCUUAAUCCCAUCAUCUACACACUGCGAAACAAGGAAGUAAAAAUGGCCAUGAGGAAGCUGGUCAACCGAUACAUUGUAUGUAAAGAGAAGUGAAAAGUUAGCGGCAUUUUCUAUAGUCCUUCUGAGGGUUUUUGUCCUAAAGAGGAAAUAUUUGCAGUAGUAUUGCUGCCUUCGCUACCUCCUUUUGUCUGAGAUCUUAAAUCCCACUAGGUUUUCCCUCUAAUUGGUGAAAAAACAAAGAAAUUAGAUUGGAAGUAAAUUUAAUCACAGUCCCUCUGAAAUUUCUGGCCGAUCACUAUCAGAAUUUAAGAUAUAAUAAUGAUCUGCUAAAACACAUAUUUUCACUAAUUGUUUAUUGAGAGGGUUUGGCUAUGAAGAGAAUGUAUGCUGAGAAAUAAUAAAACUAAUAAGACCUGGGAGAUGUGUCCACAAUGUAUAUAAAGAAGUAAGUGGCAAUGCCAAAGAAUGCUCAAACUACAACACAA